GGAGAGGGGAACCGCCUCUCGCUGUAAAAGUUCUUCCUCCCCUCCGGAGGGUCAAAGUCUGUACGAAACUCCGGACCACGGAUAGUCAAGUUGACACGAUUUCACUUCAAGGACAGGAUUAACGGAGUUUAUAUUUCUGAAGGCGAUGGAAACACUGCUGAAAUGCAGUAUUUGUAUUCUGCUGGUUUUCUUCCUGAAUGCUGUUCCUGUGGAAGCCAGAGGAAAAGGGCAAGAACUACGCAGACACAAAAGAGAAUGGAUCAUAGCUCCCAGACAGUUGAAGGAGAACCAUGAUUACACCGGCUUGCAGUAUAUUGCUAGAAUUCGCUCAGAUAAGGAGAACUACACAAAGAUAUUGUAUUACCUAUCAGGGCCUGGAGUUGACCAGCCCCCUGUUGGUUUUUUUGGUGUGGACCGUGACACUGGCUUUGUGAAAAUCUUUGAUUCUUUGGACCGAGAGAAGACCCCCUUUUUUCAUUUAAAAGGUGUGGCGAAAUACGCUGACGGGACCUUUGCUGAAAAGGAUAUUGACCUCAAUAUUACUGUUUUGGAUGAGAAUGACUGCCCACCAGUCAUCGAAGUACAACAAGUUGGAUAUGUCAAUGAAUCGAGUGCAGCAGGUACUGUUGUGAUGAAAGUAAUAGCUACUGAUGCUGAUCAGAAGAACACACUCCACUCCAGGAUAUUCUACAGCAUUGUGGAGCAGAGUAGCUCAGCUAGGAUGUUCCAGAUCAACUCUCAAACUGGGGAAGUCAUGGUUCGACAGAACACUCUGGAUAGGGAGAGACAAGAUACAUAUACAUUGACUAUAAGGGCUGCAGACAUGGAUGGACAAGCUGGAGGAAACAGUGCAAGUGGAGACAUUUCGAUCAAAAUUCUGGACAUAAAUGACAAUGUUCCAACCCUGGAAAAAGAAUCGUAUGAAGGGAGUGUGCGGGAGAAUACUUUCAAUGUGGAAGUGAUGAGGGUCAAAGCCAUUGACAUGGAUCUGAUUCACACUGCAAACUGGGAAGCUGUGUACAAAAUCAGUUCAGGAAAUGAGGCCGGCUAUUUCAGUAUCACUACUGAUUCUGAGACUAAUGAAGGAAUUAUCAUGAUUAAUAAGGCUUUGGACUAUGAGACGAUAAAGUCACUCAACUUGGAAUUGGCUGUUUCCAACAAAGCAGCAUACAGUUUUGGCAGUAGUUCCUCGUCUGGAUCUGUAAUCUCAAAAGCCUACCCCAUUCAAAUCAAUGUGAUCAAUGAGAAGGAAGGCCCCCGAUUCAAACCAAGUGUGAAAGUGGUGACUAUCUCUGAGGACCACUCUUCUGUCUCCAUCAACAAAAUCAUUGGCACCUAUGCUGCUAUUGAUAGUGAUACCCUAAAGACAGCCACCAACGUAAGGUAUGCUAAAAUCAAAGAUGAUGACAACUGGUUGAUUAUUGAUGGAAAGACAGCAGAUAUCCGGUUGAAUAAACUGCCUGACCGCGAGUCCACUUUCUUGAUCAAUGGAACAUAUUAUGCCAAAAUUAUAUGCAUCACUGAUGACAAUCCCUCAACAACAGCCACGGGGACCAUAGCGAUUCAGGUGCAGGACUUUAAUGAUCAUUGUCCAAAACUGACCACUACAAAGCAGACAAUGUGCCUUGAGGAUAAAGUGAUCUACGUCACGGCUGUAGACGAAGACGAGUUCCCCAAUUCUGCCCCUUUUGAGUUCACUGUGAUUGGGGGGAGCAGCAAGGGAAAAUGGACUGUGGAGAGUCUUAAUGAAACUACAUCUAUUCUGCGAGAUCAUGCCAACUUGUGGCCUGGCUCGUACAGAGUGGCGGUGGAGGUUAAAGACCAGCAGGCACAUGCAUGUGAUGAGGUUGAGAUGUUGGAUGUCGAUGUGUGCAGCUGCGACGACCAAACCAAAACCUGUAGGGAGCGCACUCUAAAGACUGCCGAUUUUGGAGCUUCUGGUAUCCUGCUUAUGCUCCUAGGCCUGCUGCUCCUGCUGUUGCUGCCCCUGCUGCUGCUGUUCUGCCUGUGUGGAGGUGCAGCAGCUAUUGGAGAUUUCAAGGCUAUUCCAUAUGAUACAAAACAACAACUCAUCUCAUAUCACACAGAGGGACAAGGAGAAGACAAGGAAGUUCCGCUUCUACUUGCACCAUUGGAACAUGGCGGAAACAAUGUGAAUAUCAAGGACAUUAACAACUUUGGGGAAAACAUGUACGAACAUGAAGUGAAUACUGGAGGAGGCUUAGGUUUAGGCUUAGGUUUAGGCUUAGGCUUAGGUGGUGGUCACACCUUGACAUCAGAGAACAUGCACAUGAACAUGUACAACCGUUAUAACGGAAUGGACUACGUUGAUGGCAGGAUGAUGACGGGACAAGACCAUAGUUUUUCUCGUUACGGGGCUGGGGCUUUUGAUGGAAUGGCUUUGUCUAACCAGUUCCUGGAGGAGUAUUAUUCAAGUAAAUACAACCAUGCUGCACAACAAUCCCAGGGGAAGGACGCUCUGCUGGUCUAUAACUUUGAGGGUCAGGGGUCCCUGGCAGGUUCUAUAGGUUGCUGCAGCCUUCUUGAGAAUGAAGAUGACCUUGCGUUCCUCAAUGACCUUGGGCCUAAAUUUAAAACCCUGGCUGAGGUUUGUCAUGGGUCAACCUUUGUGAGCGAGUCAGUGCAUGCAGGGGUUUCUAUCUCUCAACCCAGACCAGUAUCUCCUGUCUGGCCCUCGGCCUCCACACAUACACAUGUAAGCACUCACUCAGAAACAAUCAAGGAAAGGGACCACGUCAACAUUAACACUCUCAACACCUCUAAUUUAGCAUCUAAAUCCUCCACUAUUGUGCAGGAGGAGCGAGUCACUGAGAUAGCCCAGGGUUCAGCAUCUCUUCCCACAGUUCAUGUCCAAGACAAGAUAAUGAUUCCCAGUCAGCCUAUGCUCAUACAGCAGCCCACUAUGUACUAUGCCGCCACACCCAUGUAUGUAGUUGAGUCUAAUCCCCAAAUGAUGCUUGUGACAGGAGGAACCCAGCAGGCAGUGGCUCAAGUUGGACAAGUUGGGUUAGGUCAGGGGCUGGUACAGGUUGGUGGCCUGCAAGGUUCCCAGGGUAUGGUCCUUGUGGAUAGGCAAGUAGGAAUGGGUGGAAUGACAGGACAAUUAGUACAAGGCAUUUCACAAGGAACCCUCUCCAGGUCUGGACAAAUGAUGGUGGUGGACAGUGGCUCCUCAGGUGGACAGCAAGGUGCACAGAUAGCACAGGGCUUCAUUCAGACAGGACAUGGGUCUGCAGGACAGGGUUUGGAGGUUAGAGGACAAGGUUUGCAGUUUCAAAGUCAGAGAUUUUCUACAAAUUCUCGCGGCUCUACAGGGUCAAAUGAGGACGCUGCUCUGAAAGCCACACCCAGGGCACAGGGAAGCAAAAAAGUGGUUGUGCAACGUAAGAAGAUGACAGUCACUGAGAGAAAUAUUGAAUCGAAUACAGGAGCUUAGAGCAUCCCUUAUUUACAUUUUAAUAUACUAAACUAAACUGUAUAUGCACACACAUAGAUGGAUAAAUUGUGGUUGAUUUGGUAAAAGAAUAGUUUAAGCUACUUGACCAAAAGUGCAUUACUGUAUGUCCUAAUCUAGUAAUACUGUAACACUGAUGCUCAGUGUAGCUAACUUGGCAACAUGACAGUGCUAGCUAUAAAAUACAUUGAAUUUCCAUACUACAUCGCUUAGGAAAAUUGUAAUGAAAUUUGUUGCAUCCAUUUCUUGUCUGCUUUCUGCUAAAAUGUCUCUCUGUCAACAUUAGUGUAAAGUAUUGAAUUUGGACACAUCCUCUGACAUUGAGAGGCUCUGUUUUUUCUUCUAUAGUUUCACACUAGCAGAGGAAAAACCUUGGCAAGUGUGAUAACUUUCUUAACUUGGUCCCAAAAAUUACCAUUGAGGCACCUAAGAACAGCCAUAAAUGCAGUGUGUAUAUUUCAGGUGCAAAACUAAAUAGAGACAGUGCAGCAACUGCCAAGUAUAUGAAAUGGAACAGUGUUUAUGUAACAUUUAAACCUCUGACCUAAUCUUCAAACGUCUCCAAUAGCAGUUAAAUGUCACUGUCCAGGUAUAUGCUCCUCAAGUCUCACAAGGUUAUUAUGAAGGAUGCAGAUAUGUAGUUUUUAAAAUCCAAAUAUCCCAGCAUCUGACUCAUGUACAGUAAUUGGUAAAGUUAUACCAUGAUUACUAUGUACUCUGGGACAGUUAACUGUUUAACUUAUUUUUGAUGAGACAGAAUAAUAUAACAAGACAGAAAAUUAAAUCCAUAGAAUCCUAAACUCUAGUCUCUUACUGAAAGUUAAAUUACUAUAAUUAAACCGUAAGCUGUUAACAUUGAGCUGCACAAGUUCUGAGAGAGCCACUAAGGCAGAGAAAAACUAGGUUUUUGUAGCUGCUGAAAUUUUGCACAUUACAAUAUAUGCUUUGAACACUAGAUUCCGUCCUCUAAAAUCUCUAUUUUGAUCAUGUGUUGUAAUUCUAAAGAUGCUAUGGUUACAUUUUGUAAUAUUUUAGCUUAAGUCAUGCCUGAAAAGUCACUGACCUUUUUUAAAAAUUGUUAAAAUUAGUUAUACUAACAAAUAUACAAAAACAAUAUGGAUGGCCUCUGUUUGGGACAUACUGUAGAUAAAGGCUGUGCUUACUGUAGACCUGAGGAAAGUGUUUGAAUGAUGAAUGGCAAAAAAAAGAGUGCAGACUUCACAGACUAUAAACCAAAGAGAAUACUGCACAUAGUCUUUAUUUUAUUAUUGCACUACUUGUAUUAUUUCUACAGAACAUAUGUUGGUUUUCUAAAUUCUCUUUUUUCCAUAAGCACAAAAGAUUUUAAUGCCAAACCUUAACAAAAAUAAUGUGUAACUGAUGGACCUCUUUUAACAAAUGUAUAUUGUGCCAUACUUACUUAACUAAGACAGGCUUUUGAUUGUUUGUUUUGUUGUGUGCUGUUGUGUGUAAAGGGGAAAUGGUUUUCGGUUUGUAGUUAGGUAAAGUUAUCAUGAAUGAGCUUGCCAAGCACUGAAAACAUUUGGUUAAAUGACGCUGUUUGAUAUUGCUGCUUUUGCUAUAGUUUCAUAAAAGCAGUAUUGAUCAUGAUAACGGGAUGUUUCUUUUUUUUUAAAGCUUUGCACCUUUUGUCGUAAUAAAAUUGAAUUGAAAAAAGUU